AUGGAGAACCCAGCCAAGCAUCUCUCAUCGGUGCAGGGGAUUGACUCUGUGCCGGCACCCCUCGGAGAGAUUAUGUGGAACAGCACAGAAACAGAGGCAACAAAUGACCAGAGGAAGGAUAUGGUGGUGCGUACGGUGACGGGCUGUCUGCUGUCCCUGCUCAUCCUAUGGACCCUGUUGGGAAACAUCCUGGUCUGCUCCGCGGUGCUGCGCUUUCGACAUCUGCGGACCAAAGUCACCAACAUUUUCAUCGUCUCCCUGGCUUUAUCGGAUUUAUUCGUCGCCGUCCUGGUGAUGCCCUGGAAAGCUGUGGCAGAGGUGGCGGGGUACUGGCCAUUUGGCACUUUCUGUAACGUCUGGGUAGCUUUUGACAUUAUGUGCUCCACCGCCUCCAUCCUCAACCUCUGCAUUAUCAGCGUGGAUAGAUACUGGGCCAUCUCGAGCCCCUUCCGCUACGAGAGGAAAAUGACCCAGCGAGUUGCCUUUGUUAUGAUAAGCAUCACUUGGACGUUGUCUGUGCUCAUUUCAUUCAUACCGGUCCAACUAAACUGGCACAAAGCCAGCGGUGACGACAUGGCUGGGACGCACAACUCUUCCACGAGUUGGCAGAUAGAGGAAAACUGUGACUCCAGCCUGAGCAGAGAGUAUGCUAUAUCAUCCUCUUUGAUAAGUUUCUAUAUCCCCGUGGCAAUUAUGAUUGUGACGUACACCAGAAUAUACCGGAUUGCACAAAUACAAAUUAGAAGAAUAGCCUCCCUGGAGAGGGCGGCAGAACAUGCGCAAAGUUGCAGGUCAAACAGAAUAGAGUGCCAACACCACAAAACCUUGAAAACGUCAAUUAAACGAGAAACCAAAGUGUUUAAAACUCUGUCGGUGAUUAUGGGUGUAUUUGUGUUUUGCUGGUUACCUUUUUUCGUCCUAAACUGUAUCGUCCCGUUCUGCGACAGACCGGCCACAGACGCGGACGCGGGUCUGCCUUGCGUCAGCGAGACGACUUUCGACGUCUUCGUGUGGUUCGGCUGGACCAACUCCUCCCUCAACCCCAUCAUUUACGCCUUCAACGCCGAGUUCAGGAAGGCCUUCGCCAGCCUCUUGGGCUGUCGCAAUUUCUGCUCCACACCAGUGGAAACUGUUAACAUCAGCAACGAGCUGGUCUCCUAUAAUCAAGACACCCUAAUGCACAAGGAUAUCGCGAACACAUAUGUCAACAUGAUCCCCAACGCGGUUGAAUGUAUUGAGAAUGAAGAGACUUUUGACAGAAUUUCACAGUUUUCUCACAACAAUGAAAACGCCACCGACUCGGUUUGUGACUUGGAGGACUGCGAAGCAAACAUCAGUCUUGACAGGAUGUCACCAUUCACACCUAAUGGAUUACAUUGA